GCCGCCGCCGCCGCCGCCGCUCGGGCCUCGCUGCUACACCCGGUACCGCCGCUGCUUCCCCGGUAACAGCCGAGGCCCGGCCGCCGUGGCUUGUGCGCAACAGGCGUGAGGCGGCCGAGCUGUGUAACGGGCGGUGAGAUCCGGGGAAACCGGUGAACCGAGAGGUUGAGGGAAGGGAGCGGCGAGUGGAAACCCCGGGGCCGGGUAUGUGCGGCGGGGCGGCGGGCAGAGCGCCCGGGCAAGGGCGUUUGAAGGAAACGUGAGGGGCGGCGGCGGAGGGAGGAGGAGGCAGCAUGGACGCGACACCGGGCCGAAGCCCCGAGCAGCGGGAGAAGCCGCCGGUGCUGGACGGAGAAGCGACGGGAACGGCAGCGGGGGCGGCGGGAGCUGCUCCAGCUUCGCCGGCGGCGGCGGAACAGAUCGUGGCGGAGGGUGAGACGGGAACGGCGGCGGCUGGGGGCACGUUCGUGCAGCGGCAGCUCGGGGCCAUGCUGCAGCCCGCCGUGAACAAGUUCUCGCUGCGCAUGUUCGGCAGCCACCGGGCCGUGGAGAUCGAGAGGCAACGGGUGAAGUCGGCCGGUGCUUGGAUCAUCCACCCUUACAGCGACUUCAGGUUUUACUGGGACCUGAUCAUGCUGCUCCUGAUGGUGGGGAACCUGAUCAUCCUCCCCGUGGGCAUCACCUUCUUCAAGGAUGAGAACACCCCUCCCUGGAUCGUUUUCAACGUCCUCUCAGACACUUUCUUCUUGGCUGACCUGGUGCUGAACUUCCGCACGGGCAUCGUGGUGGAGGACAACACCGAGAUCAUCCUCGACCCUCACACCAUCAAAAUGAAGUACCUGAAGAGCUGGUUCCUGGUUGAUUUCAUCUCCUCCAUCCCUGUUGAUUACAUCUUCCUCAUUGUUGACCUGGAGACACAGGUGGACUCUGAUGUCUACAAGACAGCCCGAGCCCUGCGCAUCGUGCGCUUCACCAAGAUCCUCAGUCUCCUGCGGCUCCUGCGCCUCUCACGCCUCAUCCGCUACAUCCACCAGUGGGAAGAGAUCUUCCACAUGACCUACGACCUGGCCAGCGCUGUGGUGAGGAUCUUCAACCUCAUCGGUAUGAUGCUGCUGCUGUGUCACUGGGAUGGCUGUCUCCAGUUCCUGGUGCCCAUGCUGCAAGAUUUCCCUGAGGAUUGCUGGGUUUCCAUCAACCACAUGGUGAACGACUCCUGGGGGAAGCAGUACUCACAUGCCCUCUUCAAAGCCAUGAGCCACAUGCUGUGCAUUGGUUAUGGCCAACAAGCACCCGAGGGCAUGACUGAUGUGUGGCUCACCAUGCUCAGCAUGAUCGUGGGCGCCACGUGCUACGCCAUGUUCAUCGGCCACGCCACCGCCCUCAUCCAGUCCCUGGACUCCUCCCGGCGCCAGUACCAGGAGAAGUACAAGCAAGUGGAGCAGUACAUGUCCUUCCACAAGCUGCCUGGGGACACUCGCCAACGGAUCCACGAGUACUACGAGCACCGUUACCAGGGCAAGAUGUUUGAUGAGGAGAACAUCCUGGGAGAGCUGAGUGAGCCACUCAAAGAGGAGAUCAUCAACUUCAACUGCAGGAACCUGGUGGCCAACAUGCCCUUGUUUGCCAAUGCUGACCCCAACUUUGUGACAGCCAUGCUCACCAAGCUGCGCUUCGAGGUCUUCCAGCCUGGGGACUUCAUCAUCCGUGAGGGCACCGUGGGCAAGAAGAUGUAUUUCAUCCAGCAUGGGGUGGUCAGCAUCCUCACCAAGGGCAACAAGGAGACCAAGCUGUCUGAUGGCUCCUACUUUGGGGAGAUCUGCCUGUUGACACGGGGCCGGCGCACGGCCAGCGUCCGGGCAGACACCUACUGCCGCCUCUACUCCCUGGCUGUGGACAACUUCAACGAGGUGCUGGAGGAGUAUCCCAUGAUGAGAAGAGCUUUUGAGACAGUGGCCAUGGACAGGUUGGACAGGAUAGGCAAGAAGAACUCCAUCCUGCUGCGCAAGCGAGCCGAGCACGGCGCGGCGCCCGUCAACAACGACAUGAUCCAACAGAUCGUCAAACACGACCAGGAUGUGGCCCACAACAUCCAGGACCUGCAGCACGUGGCCAUGGGCAGGGAGCUGAGUGGCAAACCCGUCAUCUGGGAGCCCCUGGUCCAUGCUCCCCUGCAAACAGCAGCUGCCACCACCAAUGUGGCCAUUGCUUUGACUCACCAGCACAGCCUGCAGGCUCAUAUCUUCCUCCCACCUUCUUCUAUCUCCAGCCCUCUCUCCCCUGAGGCCACUCUGCUCACUAAACAGGUCAGAAGGUCCCAACCCAGCUUAGGGGGUUCCAGACCUUCCUCUGGCAGCUCCCCAUCGGGGACUCAGUCCCACCUGCACACACCCGCCGCCGCUUCGCCUUCGUCCCCCCUGGUCCAGCCCCAGGUGCCCCUGGAGAGUGGGAGUCAGAGACCAAGCCAUGGGGCACAGUCCCUGCCACGGCUGGCACCCAAGGGAGAGGUGGCAGGAGGUGCCAAGCAACCCCCAGGCACUUCCCAGCCCCAGCUCUCCAAAUCCCGAGGCGCUUCUCUUUCCACCUCCCUCCUCCAACAAGCGGCUGGGGCUCCGUCCCCCAGCUCAGAGCAAGGAGCAGGAGCUGGGAGAACCCUCCACUACAGCCUUUCCCGAGCCACUGGCUCUCACAUCUCCCUGCUGCUGCAGCCCCAGCAGCUGGUGAAGCACAGGAGCAUCCAGGGUUUACCUGUGGGAAGACUCACCCAGGACGUGCGACUCCUCUCAGCAUCCCAACCUUCCCUUCCCAAUCGAGUGGCUCAGCAAGCUGAUGGGAGCUCUUUGCAGCAAGGGAGGAAAUCUGCAGGCAACCUGGCUCGUAGAUCAUCACCUUCAGUAGCUGGACUCCUCACCAAGCCAUGCCCAGGGAUGCCAGGCCAGCAGAUGCCUUCAUCUGGAGCUUUGGCUCAAGCCAGUCGUUCCGUGGUGGGAACGUCCAGCCCUCAGUCCCCUGGCUCUGCAUCCAGGCAGGCAGCAGCUCCCUCCAGGAAAGGUUCUGUGGCCUUCAGCCCCGAGGUGGAAACAGGGAAACCCAAACUCUCAUCCAACAUGUGAGUCCCUGCUGGCACCUGUGAGCAGGAAGGAGGGAUCCAGGCAGAGCAGCGGGUCCUGGCUGUGCCAGAGGGGAGGAGGAGGAGGAGGAGGUGAGAGGAAGCACCCAGGGCUGUGGACUGGUUGCUCUGGGCAUGAGGCACAGCUGGGAGGGGUGUGGGGGAGCCCCAGAGCUGGCUAAGCUGGAUGAGGAGGGGGCUGGGAUUGUCUCCCUGAGGGGGUUGCCCUGCCUGGGCUCUCCCUUCCUUGCUCCAUCACCAUCUGCCCUGAGUCGUGUUGGACACAAGCUGGGGCAGGAGAAGUUCCCCUGGCACAGGAGGAGCAAGUGCUUUGGUGCUGAGCUGAGGGAGCCCUGGCCCAGGCUGCCCAGGGAGGGUGUGGAGGCUCCUCAGGAGCUUCCCAAACCCCCCUGGACACAUUCCUGUGCCCCCUGAGCCAGGGGAAGCUGCUGGAGCAGGGGCUGGAGGAGCUCUAGGGGGUCCCUUCCAGCCCCCACCAUCCUGGCAUUCUUUAGGAGUCCUGCCCAUCUUCUGGGGGCAACAGGGUGAGUCAGAGCCCUCACCCAAGCUCCAGCCUCCCUGGAGAGCCCAGCUCCCCACAAGUGCUCCUUGGGGGUCUCCCCACUCUCUGCCCUUACACCCCAUGGGGCUCUCAGAGCUGGGCUGGUGCUGGUGGCUCCUCCAGUUUGGCCUCUGUUGCUCCCUGAGCCCUUGGCAGGUCCCUUGGGGCAUGGUACCAGGACCUGGGGGUCCUGGGCAGGGUUCUUCUCCCCCCUGUAUGACAAGUGCCAAGUGGCAGGGGGGAGGCAGAUGGAUCUUCUGCUGAGCAGCCCCUGGGUGCCUCUCCCUGACUUGAGGGGGGGUGUUUUGCCUCAGGGGUGCUGGGGGGCUAUUCCCCCCACCUCCAGACCUUUGCCACAUGCUGUGGGAUAAGGAGCAGCCCUGGGGAGGGGGCACCCACUGCCUGUGGCUCCUGGGAGGAUGCUGAGCUCAGGCUUUGCUCCUCUCUCCUUGCCCUGAGCUCCCUUUUCCAGGCUGCCUGGAGAUGCCCAGUGACCAAAAAGGGCAUCAGGGAGAGAUGCCAACCCCAGGGUGAGGUGUCUGUGUGUAUGUGUGUGUGUGUGUAUGUGUGGGGGGCAUGCAGCUGCCUCCCCUCACCCUCCUGGGUCUCUUUACAGGAGGACAAGUGCCCAGGGUGCCCAUGAUCAGUCCCUGGCACCCUUCCAGAGCCAGUAGUCAGCGAUGUGUGUUCGAGUCGUGGCUCUGCCAAGCAGCUCAGCUCUACUGCCAGUUGUUGCUUUGGGCUCAACCUUUGUCACCAAGCCCUGGUUUAGUGUCUGUUCCUUCCUUUGUGCUGCUCAAGCUGCUUCUUCCCCACAUGCAGAGUCAGGAACCAUGGCUUGUAGUCAUGCUCUGGGGCUUGCCAGACCUCCCCCCUCUCUUCCCCCCAUCCCCUCCAGCCCCAGUGCAGCAGGGGCUCAAAGGGAGGUUCUUCAGUCCCAAACCCUCCUCCUCCUCACCUCAUGGGUUUGGGAUGCUGGGGCUGCUCAGGGAGCUCAGCCCAUCAGGAAUCCCAUGGGAGAGGAUGUCCAGCACUGCCUUUUCUUUCCAUGGACUCCCCCACAUCCAGCUCCAUCCCCCAUGGGUGAUACCCCAGCCCCCUGGCAGCCCCUCAGGAAGGGGUCUGCACUCAGCCCCCCUCCCUCACACCUUCCCCUGGGGCUUUUUACCCACAUGACAUCAAUGUUUUAGCUGCCAUCCCAAAUAUUUCCCACCCCCAACCACCACUCCCCACCUCCAAACCCCUGCAGGACACAGAUGGCAUCCAGCAGGGCUCUUCCCUCUGCCAGCUGUGCCCACCUCCCCAUUGCCAGGACAGACACCCCCCUUUGCUCCCAUCGCCAUGGGCAGUGGCUGCCCAGUUCCCCAGCACACUGAGGGUUUGUGGGGAGCCUGGAGGGGAGGGGAUGUAUGGUGGGAGGUGCUACCUGUGUCUCUGCAGUGCAUAUGGGGGCAAGUCUUAACCACCAAAGACCCUGAUCCUUGCUCUCUCUUGCACUCACAGCAGUUGAUGUACAGAGCUUGUAGUUUUCAUACCACAGAGGAUUUCAA